GCCUGAGUUCUUGGGUGGUAAGUGCACAUGCGCAGACAAAGGUGGAUGUAUGCGUUCAGACAAAGGUCCAUGGAACGACCCUGAGAUCUUCAAGUUGGUUCAGAACGGCGAAGGUAGAUGCCCGAGGAAGAGCUUGUCAGGGAUCGAGGAAAAGACCAUCUCAGUGUGCAAGAACGUAACAGAGGAGAAACGUGAAGUUUUCGAACCAGAAGAGACUUGCAAGAAAGCUGCUGCGGAGAUGGAGAAGUUCAUCGACAAAACCGUGGAUACUGGUGCUUAUCCUACACAGGAGCAUCACAAGGCCAAGAACAUUGUUCCCGACCCUAAAGAUUUGUUGUUGUCCCCGGCUGUGGAGAGGAAAGGGUACUUAUACGGCAGCAUGAUGGCGUUGCUGAUGGGGAUAGUGGGAGUGAUGAGGCUAACGAAGAACAUGCCAAGGAAGCUCACACAGGGGAAUGUCUACCCAGACGGAGUGACCGUUAUGCCGACGCAGGAGUAUAGGGCGAUGGUUAAGAGGAUGACAGAUCUCGAGGAGAAAUGUAAAUCCAUGGAAGCUGCUCAGAUUGCUAUUUCUAUGGAGAGGGAGAAGGUUCUUGACGCUGCACUUCGUCGUGUUGACCAGCUCGAGCUUCAGUUGUCUGAAACCAAGAAGGCGCUGGACGAGACAAUGACGAGGCAACAUGAGAUAAUGGCUUACAUCGAGAAGAAAAAGAAGAAGAAGAGAAAGUUCUUAUUUUUCUGAAAGACUGCUUCAACCUCCUAAACUGCAUUUCCGUUUUCUACAAGUGGAUACUGGAGAAGACAUAAUAAUGAAGUCUUGAUUUGCCUUGUGUUUAAAGACUCAAUUUCUCCCUUU